GCCGCUCGCAUCGCAGCGCCGCGUCCGCGGCCAGUGAAGUGACGCGCAAGAGUUGCGAGUGUGGCUACGUCCGUCCUACAAGUUGUCUUUUCCGAGUGUAGUGAACAAGUGUAGUGGACAAGUGUCCGUACUAACCUCGCGGUGCAUCAAAUCGUAACGCACUGAGUGUUUCAACGGAAGACUAAGUGCUACAAGUAACUCUUCGCUCGCCAUUGCCAUUUGACGCGCUCAGCCUGCGCACGUCUCAAACUGAAAGGAGGUGUGAUGGAAAGACCGGCUUUAUGAAAAAAGAAUUCCCGGAGGAACGGACGAGUUAGACCUCACGAGAAAAAAGGAGGCCUUAAUGGAUGGAUGCAAAAAAAACAUCGACAGUCAAAGGUGCUCGAUAUACGAUCAUUUGCGGUCCGAUCUCUCAAUUUUAAGUGGAUCUGAAAGUCAUCAUCACGCAUCACUCGUCUAGAAGGAUACAGCCUCAUUCCGCGUGAAACGUUUCCAGUCGCCCUUUUUUUUCUCGUCCGAAAUGUCGGCCCGGACUUUGUCACUCACAAUCGUGGCUGCCUGCUGCUGCCGUGUGUUGGCUUCCCUCCCGCCGACUACCGUCGAAAAGCUAGCGGCGUCUUAUGGUUACCAUGACGACACGCACGACGUGGUUACGCCUGAUGGUUACAUCCUGACUGUGCACCGCCUGUCCAAGCCAGACGCGCUCAACUCCAGCAGGCACAACAGCCCUAUCCUGUUGGGCCAUGGCCUUCUGACAAGCAGUGAGCAGUGGAUUUUCCGGCAGGACGGGAACCUAGCAUUGCAGCUUGUGGACAAUGGAUUCGAUGUAUGGCUGGGUAACUAUAGAGGAACUCCCUACGGUCUGAGACACAAAACUCUCAGUCCGAAGUCACACGAGUUCUGGGACUUCAGUUGGCAUGAGAACGGCGUCCUUGACCAGGCCGCCAUGAUAGACUACAUACUCAACAUCACGGGGCGCGAGCGCCUUUUCGCUGUGUCCUACUCCAUGAGCUGCACUGCCUCCAUGGUGCUCUACUCCGAACGUCCGGAGUACAAUUCCAAGGUCAUAGCCAACAUUUUCUUCGCCCCGUCGGCUUUCAUCAAGCACCCGACUGGUCUGUGGCAAUUGACCAAGGUCACGAUGAAAAUGUUCCCUGGUCUUACUAAUUUACUCAAGGACGCCACCGGGAACCACAUAAUAAACGACAAGCUACCUUUUUCGGAUGUGUCCCUGACCACCAUUUGCCAUGUGGCCAAGCGCAACAUCAUCCUGGCGCCAAUAUGCACGCUGCUCUCGGAGUUUUUCGCGGGAAGGCACAGUCCUUCAGCUGCCGACAGGCUGCUACGUGGACUCACCGUCCGAAUUCCAUCUGGGGCUUCGAUACGUCAAUGUGUGCAUUACGCCCAGAGCAUCGAGAGAGGUGGCGAGUUUAGGCAGUACGACUUCGGAAGGGCUAGAAACCUUGAGCUGUACGGGUCGUCUGAGCCGCCAUCCUACAACCUGCAGGCUGUCGCUUCACCGGUCCAUUUCUUCUGCGGGAUCAGUGACAGGACAGUCAGCAUCAAGGAUUGUGAUACUCUCACGAAAACUAUUCCUUCAACUGUGUCCGUCAACAAAGUUCCGCGAUACCAGCACCAUGAUUUCAUUCUCGGCGAGGGUUUAGACGAAUUGGUCAACACUAAGGUCAUAGCCUAUCUCUUAAGUUAUUUGUGAUACUGUCAUUUGUAAGUGUUUUCAAUUACUCGUGUUGGAGAGCCAUCCACCGAGGAAUUUCAGUAAGUUUGUGAUUAGUAAAAAUGAAACCUGCCCAAAACA